AUGGGGCUGGAAGACCUAAUACCGAGAGCGCUUCGCGACAAGAGGCUACAAAAAGUGGCGUUUGAGGCCGCCACCACUCUCGCCGCGGAGUCACCAGUUGUCAAGACUGUCCAAGCCGCUUAUCAGAUCACGAAGGUUGGAGAUGUUGUCAAAAACACCAAUAAUCUCCUCCUAAAUGCUUCAGAUACGGUCAGGAGUGCCCAAACCAUCCUGCCCCAGAUGCACAUCAUGGGUCAGUCCUUGGUCGACACGGCAAGGCUCCUGAGCAAGUUCAGCAUGGUUGCUACAACACUUGGCAUGGGUGCCAACAUCAUCCAGACAUAUCAGGGCAUUCAAGCCCUCAACUUAAUAGCCGCCAAGCUAGGAGAUAUGGGAAAGAGUCUUGAAGCUCAGACGGCCCUCACUGCUCAGCGAGAUUUUCCUCAAUAUGUCUACGACAUGAUCCGGGAGCGCUUGAGUCAGACUGCUGUUGAUCCAGAUCGCGAGCACUGGUUCUUUCUCUAUCAUCCAGACACCGACUGGUACCCCAAGUUCUUUCAUCUCGUUGAGGAGAAACCACUAGACCCUCGCUUUUGCGGCUACACCAACCAGCUCGACACGGUCUUCAUGUUCAUGCUGGCAGCCCGGGAACGCAUUAACGACAGGGAACUCCGAAAAGGGCGCAAAAAGCAACACUGCCGCCCCAUUCAGCUACAUCUCAUCAUACCAGCAUAUCAAUCCAUCCUAAUUCCCGAGAGUAUCCGGAUCCCAGACGAGAUUGGUGAUUUCAUCAUCGAGGGCCGGAUCAACAGCAACAGGCCAUUCGUAUGGCUCAACCUCCCCGAGGAUCAGAAGUACUAUACAUCGGAUGUGGGCUUCUGGACACCACCACCCCUUGGAUGGUGGAAUCAGGCCAUGACUUGGUGCGGUAUUACCGAGAAGCCACCAGAGUACGGAUCGCCCAGAAUCUUAGGCAUCGGGCCUCAACCAGCCCUAAUCGAGGCCGAAAAGGAAAAAGCCAUGAUUCAAGAGGUUCACAAGGAAGACGGUAUUACAGAGCUGGUGAGGAGACACUCCAACGAGUCUUCUCUUGAGUUGGUUCAGGCAACGAAGAAGCGUUCUACACCACUACAUAAGCGCGCCAAAAGCCGUCAAACAUCACGGCGGCGUGCAUAG